AUGCUCGUCAGGACUGCUGUGGCGGCAGAGCUGUGCGACGUCCCGACCGCCCUCCUGCUGGCCGCUCACGCGAGGGACGCCUCCUCGGCGCUGAUCCUGCUGACCGGCAUAGCGGAGUGGUUCGGCCGCCGCCGCCGCGGGCGAGGGACGGACUUUGAGCUAGCGCUGGACGCCGCCGAGCGGCUUGGCAUCUUCGCGCGCCGGCAGACCUGGGACCGGUUUCGGCUGGACUGUCCGCUCGGGCGCGGCGGCCGCAAGCACCCUUCCGUGCGAUGGGGACGAAUCUUCCCCGACUGCCGGCCGAGCGGCUCGCACCACCGCUCGUCGGGCACGCCCGUCACGCCGCUGAUGCUGUGGCAAGCGGCGGAGGUUGCGAUGCUCGUGGUGCAGCAGGAGGCGCACGCCUUCCGUUAG